GCUAAGUUCCUCAAAGCUUGUGGAACUCUGCCUGAGACUCCCGCUGAAAUUCGAAAAGCCUCGGAGAUAUGGAAGGAUCCAUCAACUAAAGAUGCAGAAGCAACACCUUUGAAAUUCAAUUCAUGGCUCUCUAAUGCAUCCAUUGAGAAACUCAACUUGGAGAAGCAACCUGAUGAACCUCCUACACCUGUCAAAAUUCGUGAAGAACAGAGAAUAGAAUCAAGUUCAUCGAUGGAAACUCCGGGCAGCUGCAUGACUAAUGGAAUGAUAACGAGACGAGCUUACACCAAUUUCGUUUCAAGUGGGAGCAUUGAGAGUGUCAUCACACCCACAGAUGAACAUGCUAAUGUCACUCGUAGUUUCAAUACUUCAUCAGUUCAAUCUGAGGAUAUGGCUCCAAGUGUACAAUUCAAACACAAAUCUGUUCGUUUUGAAUGUGAGUCUGAUAUGUCUUCAUUUUCAUCAAAAGGCUCUUCUUCUGAUGUUGCCAUUCAAAACUUGAAGCAAUCUGGAUGUGCUGGUAAUGUUAAUGAAUCAAAGCUGUCACCGUAUCCAACCCCGUUGAAACUAACUGAUGAGAUGCAAACACCGGGCACUGUUUUCCCUGGAUAUCUUGACAACAUGGUGGAUGGAAAAACUGCUAGAAUCAGAUCUCAGUACGUUUACCCUGUCUUGAACCCAGCCGAGAAUUCCUUCCAGCGGAAG